AUGGGAAAAGGAGCGGCGAAAUAUGGCUUCAAAAGUGGUAUACUGCCUACUGCUCGCUCAAUUCUCAAGAAUCCUACCGUAAAGCAGAAAUCGUUGAUUGACAAGGUUGGCGCACCAAAAUCGAAAGGUGUUGAUGGUGUGGGAUAUGCUGAUAAUAUAGCGCAUCCCAAGGGCUCGCAUAGAUUCUCCCCCGAGGUAAAAUUUGUGAAUGUGGAUGAACUAAUUGCGAAAACAGUUGCAAAUCCUCGUAAAGUGAAUGUGGCUAACACCCCACAACAAGAAGCAAAACAACAGAAGGCUGAAUUGCGUAGGAAAUAUCUAGCCGAAGCUUUUAGAAAUGAAGAACAGCGUCUUCUGGAGCAGGAAGAGCAUCUGAAGCGUAGGCAGGAAAAGUUGGAGAAAGAAAGAGAGAGUGAAAUUGCCGCUUUGAGUGAACCUCGUUCUAGUGAUUUAACUGUGCCAACUUUACAAAGCAUGCUGGAUAUGCCUCUAAUGAGGCAGAGAGCACCAGAGGAAAUUGAAAUAUUGAAACUGAAGAGAAAGCACAAUAGAGAAAUGCUUCGAUUGCGUGCGCAGGAGCGCAAGUUAGACGAUUUGCUGAAGUUGUACUACGUGACUGACGAAUUCAUAGUCUCCGAAAAGGACUUCUUGAAGAGAAUUGACGAAGUCUUUGCUAGUGAGUCUUCAGAGGCUCUCAGGACCAAGCUAAGUGUCGGGGCGUCAAGGCCCAAGACCAAGAACGAAAAGAACAUCGGUGAUGCACUUUUCGGGUCUGUUGGAGGAGGUGAUCACGUAGGCUUGCCAGUCAUUGAAGAGUUCCUUAGUGGCGAGAUGAAAACGUUUGCUGAUGAUAUCGAAGCAAAAAGUAAAGCUUUAUUAGAUCAGAAGAAGAGGGACUUGGAAUCUAUUUUAUGA